CUUACAAAGCUGGAGAGAGAGAGAGAGAGAGAGAGAGAGAGGAAAUCGGUGGAAUUUCCGUCGCAGGAGAAAAAUCGCGCUGCACAAAGAGGAAAUUUUUUUUAUAACCUGUGGUAAAAGCUCCUUGUUGUGUUUGGCACUGAUCCAUGACAAAGUGUAUGGCAACAUCUGAAGGAAGAGUUUCCUAUUCUUCACUUUCGAAGCUUGAUAAAGCGGAUUCUAAUUACCUUUAUGAAGAAGAUUAUGGUGUCUUGACUGCCCCUGAAGGAAGGAAUGCUCAUUUACCAGGUUCAAGGUCUUUGAAACAAGAAUAUCCUUACCAAUCACCCUUUGAGUCUGACGUUCUUGAUGACGGAUAUGAAUCAAGUGGGGAUCCUUGGGUUCAUGAUCAGCCCAACAUGCAUCCUGAAGUGAAUUUGAAGAACGUUUUGGGUGGGAUAGUUGCUAUCCUGACAGGGCGUAAUAAAGGCCCUAAUGGCAUGGAGAGCAAGAGGGAUUCCAGUUCCAAUAUUUCAUUCCUUGGGUCUGGAAAGAACGGGGACACUUUCUUGCAUUCUUCAGUUUACAUACCGAGUGCCCCACCACUAUUCGAGCCAGAUGGUAUCAAUUAUAAUGCUUAUAGAGAGGUCUUGGAAGCAGACCCUCCUGAAUGGUUGCCAGAUAGUUCUACUAAGGCUUGCAUGCAGUGCAAUGCUCCUUUCACUCCCCUUACCCGUGGCAGGCAUCAUUGUCGUUUCUGUGGAGCUAUUUUUUGUAGGGCUUGCACGAAGGGGAGAUGUUUGUUACCCGUUAAAUUCAGAGAGAGGGACCCGCAGAGGGUGUGUGACACCUGCUAUGAUAGGCUUGAUCCUUUGCAAGGCAUAUUGAUAAACUCCAUCGGCAACUCUGCUCAGGCAGCAAAGCAUGACGUGAUGGAUUGGACAUGCAUGAGAGGGUGGUUAAAUAUGCCAGUGGGUUUGUCUAUGGAACAAGAGAUAUACAAGUCAUCGAAUGCUUUGCGCAGUUACUGCCAGGUUGCCAGGUUAAACCCAGAGAAAUCCAUACCACAGGCAGUCCUAAAAGGAGCUAAAGGACUGGCCAUUUUGACAGUUGCCAAAAUGGGCGCACUUCUUACGUACAAACUUGGCACUGGUUUGGUAGUUGCUCGAAGGAUGGAUGGGUCGUGGUCCGCACCGUCAGCUAUACUCUCUCUUGGGUUAGGAUGGGGAGCACAGAUCGGGGGUGAGCUUACAGACUUCAUCAUCGUGCUCCAUGAUUCUAAAGCUGUGAAGGCAUUUACCAGCCGCAUGCAUUUCUCUCUUGGGGCUGGCUUGAGUGCCGCAGCAGGACCUGUAGGAAGGGUGCUGGAAGCUGAUCUUCGUGCCGGCAUCAAAGGAUCCGGCAUGUGUUAUACGUACAGUUGUAGCAAAGGUGCUUUCAUUGGAGUGUCGCUGGAAAGCAACUUUGUUGCAACGAGGAUGGACACCAAUCUGCGCUUCUAUGGCGAUCCUUAUCUUACUACUGCCGACAUUCUUCUUGGGACCGUUGACAGACCCAAGGCUGCCGAGCCGUUGUACUCUGCUCUGAGAGACCUCUUCGUGGAGCUAAGAUGUUAGAUUCUGGCUGAGAUGACUCGUGUACAUAUCUCGUCUCCAUGGAAGCGGGCAGGUCUGACCAUAUAUGCAAACAUGGCAUUGCUUCCACAUUGCAUCAACACCAUUCAUUGAUGGAUCCAACCGCUGCAUCAACACAACAUAUAAAUAGGAUUUCAAAUUCCAACCUCAGCUCUGUUUCAUGUACAGUUGAAUUUCUCAUAUGCAUGUGGCGAAGGACAUGUUACAUACAUUAAUACGGGAAUGCUUUUUUUUUUUUUUUUUUGCUUCCAUAUUUAUUAGUUUGUUGUAUAUAUUGGUACGCAAGAUUCUAAUGCAUAACUAAGAUACAUUAUAUACUUGU